CCCCCCCCCGCCCCCGCCUGCUAUAUCGCCACCGUCGGCAUUGAUUUUAAAGUAAAAACAAUAACAUUUAAUGAUACAACAGUGAAACUUCAAAUAUGGGAUACUGCUGGUCAGGAACAAUUCCAUACAAUUAGCACUAGUUAUUUUCGUGGAGCACGUGGCUUUGUUCUGGUUUAUGACAUCACAAACUCAGACAGUUUUCAAGGUAUAACAAACUGGAUGAAAGAUAUACAUGAGAAAGCAGGUGACGAAGUGGAUAUAGUACUCUUGGGCAACAAGUGUGAUAAGGAGGCAGAACGGGUAAUACCAAAACAAAGAGGGGAAAAGCUUGCAUGGGAAUAUGGUAUACCGUUUUUUGAAACCAGUGCUACAGAUAACAUAAAUAUUGAAGAUGCUUUUUCCGUAUUGACCAAAGAAAUAUUGAACAAGAAUUCCUGUGUAUUGUGUGACUUAGAUGUGGUGGAUCUAAAUGAAAGUAAGAAAAAGAAAACUUGCUGCCAACUGUGAAAUGCCACCAGCACUUCUAUUUUACUUCAGGAAAUGUUAACUUUUUUAUAGGAAUACACAAAGGUAUUAAAAUUAAUUUGUUUAUUUAGGCAAUUUCUGUAUUUUAUAGAAAUCUUGCUGCUGUUAUAUGAAUGUACUGUUUCCAAGUUUUUUAAAGUGAAAUUAAGUUAAUUAUUUGAACUUAGGACUUUUAUGGCCAGGACAGUGGGAGUAUUCAUAUAUGCCAGUGUUUGCAGGAAUGAGACCUAAAUGUACAAUUCUUCUUUUGUUGAAGUUAAUAUCUGCCUUAAGUUUUUUUCCUUUGUCAGUCUCUUGACAUAGUGAACCAUUCAACAAAGGCCCCUCACACAUGCAACCUCUGAUGUAAGUGAUGGGUUUAAAAUAUUCCCAAGGUUUCCAAUACAGUAUGAACUGAGUUUGUUAGAAAUAAUAUCAAAUACAUUAGUGACCAUAACUGAGAUUCUGCCAGUCCCUAGACCCUAGAAUGGUCACUUAACAUACUUUUCUGGAUAGCGCUUUUUUCUUUUUUUGGGGGGGGAGAGGGGGAGAAUAGAGAGGUUGUUUGGAUUUUUUUCCUAUUUAAAGAGUUUGUAUUGUUUUGUAAUACCAAUGCAAAAUGAAGUGUAACUGAGGACCAAAAGAAAAACUUAUAUAAUGUACAUAUGUAAUAUAGACUUUAGAAUGAAGAAAAAACAAGUUAAUAAAUACAAAUUUUAUACUGAUGUUACAUACUGUAUAGAAUAUCAAAUAAUCAGUGCUUAUUAUGUACUGGACUCCAUGUGCUAAGGAAAAGACUUCAUCCUGUUACACUUGGACCUAUGCAUCUUCUUAAUUUGUACAUCAGAACAAUGGAAUGUUUCCAGUGGUCAAUAGAUAGCUGAUAAGAUGUUUUAUAAAAUAAUUAUAAUAGAUAUUUUCAAUAUAUUUAAGUUUUCUAAUGUUGUUACCAAUUUGUUCUUUUAUAUUAGAUUAUCUGAAUAUUAAUAAAGGUAUAUUUAGGGUUAAUUACAUUUUGUGGCUUUUUAAAUCUUUACUGUCACUUUAUCCCAGUACAAAUACAUUGAGAAUCUGAUUCUUCUCUCACUUGAACCUAUUUUGUACUAGUAUAAUAACACUGGGCUUCAGUGGAGUAACUCCUGAUUUAUACAAGUAUAAAUUGGAACAGAAUCAGAUCCUAUGUGUUUAUUUUAGUUAAGAACAACCACAUCACACUGCACACGCACAUGAAUUAAAUAAAGAACAUUAAGCUGAAGGAGUGUUAUUGAUAUAUUUCUGUUCGGUUAUAGUAUUUGUCAUGGAGGUUAUGUCUCCCCAGUUGAUUAUUAAUUUAAUUGGGUAUACCAUCCUUUAUGAAUGAAUAAAUAUUUUGCCAAAUUUUGCUAUCAAUUACACCAAUAAAAGUCCAGAGUAAUGCAGUUGGUUUGU